AAUACGUUUGCUCUUAUAACUCAGGAAUAAUUACCGCUUAAUAAAAAACAAAACAAGUCCAAAGGAGAAAUAAUAAUAAAUUUCGUAUCUGGAUUUAUGAAGAGUUUGAUACAAAAGCAAUUACACCGGACCAGUUAAAUACGCUAAUGUAGCCUCGUUUGGGUUACAAAAUGUUUUCCUAGUUACGACAAUCCUUCUGGUCGCCAUGAAUUAAGGUAAGAUUUUCUUUGUCUGUGAGUUUGGUAUAUUAUCCAUGUUACAUGACUGUAAUACUGUUGGAAAAACGGCGUUAAAACCAAAACAAACAUUUUUUUUUACGUUUUGAUUACACAUUUUCUGUGUUUAUUUGUUUGACAUGAGCAGCGCAAAAAAAAGACAAUUUCGGACAGUUGCAAUUAUCAGCUAAAUCAUUUCAUAAAGCAAUCAUGAUAUAUUAUAGCCAUUAACAUAAAGCUUUCAUCUUGAUUCUUGAUUAUAUGAAUUGUAUAAAUUGUUUUUCUUCCAAUUAAGUUAUCAGUAUUUCUUUUUUUGUAUUUUCGUGAUGAAUACGCCGCACAACGGCGGAAACAUGGCAAGGUCAUUUAUCCGCUGUAAAUGCAUUCAUUUACUACUCGCAUAAAUAGAAUUUUAUGUUGUGAGUCAAUUUGUUUAUAGUAUUUAAAAGUUUCUUUGUAAGUUAUACAAUUUGUAGAAGUUUAGAGAAAUUAUUAAUAUUCCAGUCACUAAAAGGGGCAUAUUCGGUUAAUGCAAUUUUAUUUCGAAGCUUGUAUAAUUUUUUAGAUAGUAAUUAUAAAUACAAAGUAAGCGUUAAGUAAAUAAGAGAUCUGUAAAUAUUACGUUUUUUUAUUCGUUUAAGUACACAUAUCUUAUACAACACACCACCGGAACCAAACAUCUAGUUAGGGUCUCCUUAGAUUUCUUUUUUUUUUGUAUAAGAGAGAUUUCAAGGGAGACAAUUCAUUUAGUGUAUAAGUUAAUCGAUUUUUGGAACUUUCUUUUUUCUCAACAGCACCAUUGCAAGGUAGACGUCAACUAUUAUUUAAUUUGUUUUACAUUGUACGUUUAAUUAUUAUUUACUAAAGAAAAAUAACUAAAAUAAUGAUUUUGUUAUCUAUAAAUAUUUAAAGACUAAAUUAAAUAUGAAAUAAUCUCUAGGAACAAUUUCUGCUGUAAUUUUUAUUCCGAAGCAUAUGGGGGCUGCAUUUUGAUCAUCGCCAUGUUGAUUUUUGUUUUAAUUUAUUUUCUUUAACAAUCAUACAUCCUAAAACUGUUCUGGGAUUAAACUACUUGAUGUGAGAUGACACUUGUAUAAUUUAGUUUUUCCCAGAUUAUUUAGAUCUAGACGAAGAGGACACAUUUAUGUUAGACGAACACAUGGUAUUGCAUCAUUUCUAUUUUGGACCAAUAAUCUUUCAUGAAAUAUAAAACGACAACAAAAUCCUAUGUAUUGAUAAAUUUAUCUCGAUAUAAAUUUACCCGAACGACUUUACAGUCAAGCGAAAGUAGCUACAUUUUAAAUGACGUAAUGUGACUACUGUGUUGAUGCAAGGGGUGGAACAGUACGUUUAAACAAAAAAUGUAACUAAAGGGUGUUCCCAAAUGUAAAGUUACCAAAACUUUUUAUAUUCAUUUUUACUAAUUUGAUAUUCACAUACCUUUAUUUUUUUUCUGUUUGUAACUCAAAUGAUAUACAAAUUUUUGAAAGGGUACACAUAGGCAUGUUAUACAUUGGCAAAUAUAUGCUGUAAAAUACUAGCAACACACCAGGUAAUCUUCUGCAUGCCCUUCUCGCGGCGCGCACUCCACUAGCGAUGAGGAUGUAAUUGUUUUCUUUUUUGUUUUUACAACUUUUUGUAUUUCUUAUAUAUUUUUCAUUUCUUUAUUUUUUCAUCUUCUUCUGUGCGUUUUUAUUUAUUUCGUUUAGACACAUACUAAAUGUAACACGCAUACAUUACUUCAUGUUCUUCCGUCUAUGAAAACUGAAUUGAAGAUUAUUCUUUGCGGCGGACUAAGCCUAAACACCACAUAAAAUAGGCAAUAUGUGCACAGCAGUUAAUCUGAUCCUGACUAUAGUUUUAUCCAACAGAAAUAACGCUUGGCAUUGAUAUGCAUGUGAUGCAAAGGUCAAGAACAGUAGCUUCAUGGCAGGUCAUAUCAGUGACGGUUUCACAUUCAGUGUGAUGCCACGAAAGUGAUGUGUCAAGUCGUUUUCCUUUCAGAUUUCAUAUACAAAUACGGCCAGACGCGAAAACUAACUAAAAGGCCCAGCCGAGUUUCAGGUGGAUUUUUUUGCAGCGACCUGCUUCUACUUUAGCCCUACAAAUGACAAACUUCGAAUGUGUUUUGCCCACAACUUCAGCCCUGAUCAGACAACAUUAUAUUUAGAUGGCUUGUUAUCAGACUUAUCCCGAUUAAGCUUUUCCAAUACAGCUUUCUUAGGCAAACCCCACAAAGAACUGUCAUUUCGGAUACAUUUUUAUUACACGUUUAAGCCAAAUGAGACGUGCAAUGAGAAAACCAACAUAGUGGCUUUGCGACUAGCAUGGAUCCAGACCAGCCUACGCAUCUGCGCAGUCUGGUCAGGAUCCAUGCUGUUCGCUUUCUUCAAAGCCUAUUGGAAUUUUACAAACCGUUAGCGAUCAGCAUGGAUCCUGACUAUACUAAGCAGAUGUGCAGACUUGUCUGGAUCCAUGUUGGUCGCAAUUGCACUAUGUUGGUUUUCUCAUGGCGCGGCUCAAAUAUUUUCUGUGCCACUGGUACUUAUCCCAAGCAAGAACCCACCCUACGGCCUUGAUACGAUGACUGCCUUUCCUUAGUAUUAGCAUUAUACAGCACACAAAUAUCUGCCAUCACUUACAACAGGGCUUUACAGAUAUUGACAUGUACUUAAAUAACAACCUGAACCACUGUAAUAAAACUGAUCGGUCAGUAAUACAUGUAUACCUAUUUACAUAUGUAAUGCAUCAAUAACUUUACAUUACGAGCAGUGUAUAGAUAAAUCAAGCAGAGGUUGUUUGCAAAAAUAUCGGCCUUCGUUUUUAUUUAUUUAUAGGAUUUUAAUCUUAAAAUGUUAUGUUUUCCUUAAAUAAACAGAUUUUGUCACUUUAUUCGACUGGAAUUCAUAUAUUUAAAACUUCAGUAAAGUGAUGACUUUAUAGUUUUAUGGAAAUAAACAUUUUAUUUUUUUCAAGAAAAUAUACCCUGGCCUAGAUAGAAUAAGAAAAACAUCUUGAUAGAAACAGAUACAAACCAGUUUCUGCUAUAAUAAAUUAACUAACACACUGGUUUAUCAUUGACUCGAAACGAUUUGGAAAUUGUGAAAAUACUUAAUGAGAAAUUUGUCUUCGAAAUGUAGGCUAGAACCAUAUGAUAGUGUGCAAAGUCAUUUCACAAAUCAAUAGUAAACUACAAAUAAUUAUAUAUUAAACUAGAUUUUGAUAAAAAUAUUUCAAUUUUUACUGACAAUUAUUUUAUUCUUUUUCAUAUUGGACUAUGCCAAAAUCACGCAAAAACAAACAGAAGCCACGUCGGCGGGACGCGGACGGAAGAAGGGAUUCCCAUCAACCUGCCAUGGGUCAGGACCAGCCAGCAUUCCAACACGGAAGAGCAUUCGACCGGCGCUUCUACGACGGAAUGACCUAUGCAAAAAUAACAUAUCAUUUCGUACGCAUCAGCAAAGAGUCAUCACAAGUAAUAUUAAAAUCCGGGAAACACUGUGAGAGUUGCACAGAUGGUAAAGCUACGUCAACUGCAGUAUGCUUCUGCAAUGAUUGCAGGGAAUAUUUGUGUCAGAAACAUUUAGAUUGUCACAAAGGUGUGACGGUAACAAGACAUCACACAAUUCUUCCUUUGGGAGAUAAUGUCUACCUUGCUCAUGGGAAGGAAUCGACAGAAAGUACAACGAACACAGCAGAGGGCAAAGAUGUUGGAUGCUCAUCUGACGGCAUGGAAAAUGCAAAUAUUUUACCACAUAUCGUUUGUUCAAAUAUAAUAGAGCAUCGAUUAUCACACGACUUAAACAACGCGCAGCAGAAGCCUGCUAUGGAUACUCAAAAAGACAAACAUAAAGAAAGGGAAGAGGAAAAUCAGAAAAAUAAUGACGAACAGCCGAUAUUGCCAGCAUCGGAAGAAUGCCUAGAAAACAUUGAAGAAGGCAAAAAUCAAAGCCAGGAUCAGAUGGAAGAGAAGCCUGCUAUGGAUACUCAAAAAGACAAACAUAAAGAAAGGGAAGAGGAAAAUCAGAAAAAUAAUGAAGAACAGCCGAUAUUGCCAGCAUCGGAAGAAUGUCUAGAAAACAUUGAAGAAGGCAAAAGUCAAAGCCAUGGUCAGAUGGAAGAGAAGCCUGCUAUGGAUACUCAAAAAGACAAACAUAAAGAAAGGGAAGAGGAAAAUCAGAAAAAUAAUGACGAACAGUAUACCCGGAAAGUAGUGUAGACAGAAUCUAGUAGAUGUUUUCUACAUCAUAAAAAGACGGCAGUUCCACUGCAUAUUAAAGCGGCGACACUGAGAUUCUAUAUCGCCAAGAAUUUGGAUUCGCCUUCCAUCAGUAAGUGUUGAAAUGUUACUAUAGUUACGCUUGAUUUUAUUGAGCACUAUGUACUGUAUGAUAAACACAAAUGUAAUAUAUACUUCACUGUAUCUCUCAUAAUUUCGCACAUUUGAAAGAUUUUUAAUACAAGCGCGCAAAUGUAAUUACAAUCAAACUGACUAACAGUGGUGACUUCCCUUUAAUAAUUUUACACCAUUUGCUGUCAACGAAGGUGUUGUCAUCAGUUGUUGAAAAUAUGAAAUAUUCAUGUUGGUUUUACUAGUUCUACGGUAGGUACUGUUUUCAAUGUAUGUAUUCCAUUUUUCAUGAUGCUAAGCCUCCUAAUAGUAAUACCAGUGCUAACAGGGGCGUAGAUAUUAUACUCUAAAGUGUCAAGGGAAGCUGUUUUGCAGAACUUCACCCAGUAGAGCACGUACACAGUAAUUAACAGAUCAUAUAUAAAUCAGUAUAUCACCUGUAACUGUAAAUUCAUAUAUCUACACAUCUUUUAAUCAAUAUUUCGGUAAGUAAAGUUGUUUACAGGGCUCAAGAUAAGAUGUGUAUUAGCGUAAAUUACGCUUUGAAAUAAU